GUUGUUCUGACCACCACCCAAACCCUCCCUCAAACUCACCCUUUCUUCUUCUCUCCUCUCUCUCUCUCUCUCUAUUGCUCUGCAAGUGUUUUGUACAAAAACCUGCUUGUUUGAAACCCUAGAUUCUCUGAAACUCCAUUUCCGUUUCUGUUCUUCUCUCGCUCGCUCAGUCCAUUGGCUUUGUUGUAUCGGCGGAGCUCCAAUCCAGUGUCUUCUUCUUCUUCUUCUUCUUCGUUUCGAUCUCGUCAAUCUCUCGCCUUCCAUCUCCGUUUCUCGACCGUCCUCCCAUGGCCGACGGCAAGUUCGAUCUGCCUGACGAUAUCAUCUCCUCCAAACACUCCGAUCAGCCUUGGACCGUCAAAGUUGAAAGUGAAACUUCUGGAGGAAAUGGUGGGGAAAAGGUGCUUUCUGGGUCACUUGAUGAGUCGAGAGAUCUACCGGUCUCAGAAAGCAGCAUACCUUUGUCUCCCCAGUGGCUUUAUGCCAAACCAACUGAAUCUAAGAUGGAAUUGCGUCCUUCAAGUUCACUUGCACACCCCACAGAAAACAACCAAAAGGAUGGCUGGCGUUUGGAAGGUUCUGAGGACAAGAAGGAUCGGAGGCGGCUUAACACUGAUGGUGAAAGUAGCCGCCGCUGGCGUGAAGAGGAAAGAGAAACUAGCUUACUUGGUGGUAGAAGGGAUCGCAGGAAAGUAGAGCGCCGAGAAAAUGUUUCAAUGAGGGAAACAACUGAAAAUCGAGCAUUACCCGCUUCCGACCGAUGGCAUGAUGGUCGUAACUCUGUCCAUGAAGCAAGACGUGAUAGCAAAUGGUCAUCGAGGUGGGGUCCUGAAGACAAAGAUAAGGAGUCACGAAAUGAGAAGAGAACAGAUGUGGAGAAGGAAGAUGCUCAUAAUGAAAACCAGACUUCUGUAGGUAGCAAUCGGUCUGCUUCUGAACGUGACUCAGACUCGAGAGAUAAGUGGAGGCCACGCCAUAGAAUGGAGGUUCACCCCAGUGGGUCAGCGACAUAUCGUGCUGCCCCGGGAUUUGGACUUGAAAGAGGAAAGACAGAGGGUUCAAAUUCAGGAUUUACCCUUGGACGGGGAAGGGGAAAUGUUAUUGGGAGAUCAUCUUCCUUGGGCCUAACUAACGCUGCUGUUCCUGAAAAAAUUGAGAGUGUUCCUGGAAAGCCAAGGUACUCGUCUGAUCAUUUUUGCUAUCCAAGGGGGAAGCUUCUUGACCUUUACCGUCUGAAGAAGCUUGAUCCAUCUUUUGCUACAAUGCCAAAUGGGAUGGAGGAACUACCGCCUGUAACUCAAGUAGACUUGGCUGAACCGUUGGCUUUUGUUGCCCCUGAUGAUGCAGAGGAGGCCAUCCUUCACAGCAUAUGGAAGGGAAAGAUUACGAGUAGUGGUGUAGCUUAUAAUUCUUACAAAAAGGGGGUGUCAACUGACAAUAUAAGAGAUGUUGGAGAAGUUGAAUCAAUAGAUGGAGUUGUGGAUAUUCUUCCGUCAACCCUUAUUGAGGAGACUGAUGAUGCCACACUCGUAGCAAAUGAUGAUAGUACUUUGUGGAACUAUGAUUCACAAAGGAAAAUUGUUGAUGAAAAGGAUGUUAAGCAUAAAGAAAAGGAAGAAAAGGCUACCUCAGCAAAGGGUCCUGGUGGAUCGAACUCAAUAAGUUCAGAAAGUAAUGGUAUUUGUAAUGAGAUAGAGAUUGGUGGCACAUACCACAGUGUCUUUCAGCCCAAUGUUGACACAAAUAGGCAAAAGAAUGGCAACACCAGCGGUGAGGAUAGAGAGUUGGAAAAGAAUGUCCCACCCGAGGAUUUAUGCUUGUAUUACCUUGAUCCUCAAGGGGUGAUCCAGGGACCAUAUUUGGGGGUUGAUAUUAUCUCAUGGUUUGAGCAAGGUUUUUUCGGCAGAGACUUGCCUGUCCGCCUGGCAGAUGCUCCUGAAGGAACACCUUUCCGAGAUUUGGGUGAGAUCAUGCCACAUCUGAAAGCUUUGGAUGGGCAAGUCAAUAAUAUUGAUCAAAGUUUGGAGAUGGAAGAAGCCGGAGGCUUUGGAGUUAAUGUUGGGUCAAAUUCCCCUUCAUCUGCUCUUGUUUCUGGAGUUAGCGAUUCAUCUGUUGGAAAUGAGCCCAGGUCAUUACUACCUGAGUUCAUUGACCUCCCAGCUAAGCUUGUUCAGUUAAGAAUAUCUGAACCUGAAGAUCCACAGCAAUUGCCACAUUUCAAGGGUCAGAACUUUCAUGAUUUUGUUGCGCAGGAUGAAGAAAUUGUAUUUCCCGGAAGACCUGGGAACCCUGGCUAUCCUGCGGCAAAAUCUUCUGCAAAUGCUCGUGAUCCUUUAGCAAGUUCUGGUGGCCACCUUCUUCCGCUGCCUGAAUUUGCAGAACCUGGUUUGCGAAAUCAGACAGAAACUAAAUUGCAUCCUUUUGGCUUGCUGUGGUCUGAGCUGGAAAGUUCUCAAAUAAAGCAUGCAAAGUCAUCUAGUACAUCUUCUAGCCUAGGCCGGACUGCUUCUUUUGGUGGCAUGACUGAUCCAGCUGCUGUUGCUGACACAUGGUCUGAUGUCUAUGGAAAAAAUACACUUCCGGAUCCCAACUUAUAUCAAGAUGUGAUGAAUGUGCGCAAUUUAUCACGAAUUGAACAUGAACCUAGCCAUCUUGAUUUAGCAGAUCAGUUUGUGUCGCAACAAUUGCAGCAACAGCAGCUCCAACAACGGAAUAUGUUGUCUAGUUUUGCUCAAUUGAAUGAAUCAGUCUUAGAGCAUCUGCCAAGUGAAAAUCUUAUUCACCACCAACAAUUGGCGAGCCUUUCUCCACCAGAUCUAGAUCAUCUUAUGACGCUUCAGCUGCAGCAGCAUCGACAGCUUCAGCUCCAGCAACAUCAGCAAUUGCAGCAACAGCAAUUUCAUCAAAAGCAAAAGCUGUUGCAGGAACAACAGCAAUCUCAUGCACGGCAGGUGUUGCUAGAACAGUUAUUGCAUGGUCAAAUGCAGGAUCCUGGACUAGGACAACCUCAUGUUGAUCCUAUAAGAGCUAAUAAUGUUCUAGAUCAGAUAUUUUUGGAGCAACACCUUUUACAUCAACUACAACAACAGUCUCACCACCCUCCUAGGCAUGUGGAUCCAUCUCUGGAGCAGUUCAUGCAAGCAAAAUUUGGUCAGACACCACAACAGGAACAUCAAAGAGAUUUAUUGGAGUUACUAUCUAGAGCACAGCCUGGCCAACAGUCUUUGGAACAUCAGAUGCUUCAGCAUGAGCUGCUGCAAGCAAGGCAGUUGUCAAUGGGAAUGAGGCAGCGGGCCAGUAUGGAAGAAGAGAGGCAUAUCAACCCUGUCUGGCCUCAGGAUGAAUCCAAUCAGUUCUUCAGGGCCCACGUUGGUAGUAACAGAGCUCUCUCAUCUGGCUUUGGUCCAUUGGAUGUUUAUCAGCGGCAACAGAGGCCGUUUCAUGAUGAGCAGUUGGGUCAUCUUGAGCGGAAUCUUUCACUACAGGAUCGACUUCAGCUUGGACUUUAUGAGCCUGCACUGCCAUUUGAGCGGUCAAUGUCUUUGCCUCCUGGGGCUGCAGGAAUGAACCUGGAUGCUGUAAAUGCUAUGGCUCGUGCUCACGGAUUAGACAUGCAGGAGUCAAGUGCACGUAUGAAAUCUGCUGGUCAAGUGGGACCAUUUCUCUCUGGCACUCACUCUCACGGUCCUCAUCACCCUUUAAUUUCUAAUCAGUUUCAGGCUUCACAUAUGGUUGGACUUGAGGGCCGUUGGUCUGAGAAGAAUGAGCUACUUGAAAAUAACUUUAUUGAUUCUCGGUCUCAAUUGCAUAUCCCUGCCGAGCAACAGAGAAGGGAAUCCGAAGUAAACGUGACUUCUGAGGAUGCAACAUUAUGGAUGUCAGAUGGACUUAAUGAUGAGAAGUCAAAGCGAUUGUUGAUGGAGUUGCUCAAUCCAAAAUCAGGCAAUCAACUUACUGAUCCGUUGGAUGUGAGCAAUGAGCCUUUGUCUGAGGGAAGGAUGUUAUUUGGCCGGUACUCUGGGUCUGGGUCAAGCUUAUCUGAUAUCCCUUUCAGUCAAGCUAAUUUAAAUAAUCCAUAUGGAGUGAGAGCAUAUAGUUCAAUUCCAAGUGAACCACCACAAGAAGAGCACACGAGCAGUGAUAAACUGCCCUUGAAAUCUGAUUCUAGGGGGCCCUCCGUGAACAAAGAGCGGCCGGAGGUGCAUGGGUUGAAAAGUGAGGCUAUGCUUAAAGGUCGGGAUUUCGAGAUCCAACAAAGCAUGGUUGAGCAAGCAGGCUUGGUAGAUCGAGUGUCAGUCUCAUUCAAAGGGCAAGAAAAUAUUCUGCUUAGACGCCCAUCUGUGUCACGGACGCCAUCAUCCCAGGAUGGAUUGUCUGAACUAGCAUCUGAUCCAGUUUCAAGGGGGAUGAAUUCUCUGAGUGGUGUUCCUGAUGGGGUUCGUCAUGAUACUGCGGGUAAUCUAAUAAACCAAGGUCCGGAUGUUACAGCAUCUUCCAAGAGGGAUAUGCGCUUCCGCCGUACUUCAUCCGGCAGCGAGGCUGAUGUCACAGAGGCAUCCUUCAUUGACAUGUUGAAGAGUAAUGCAAAGAAGACUGCUCCAACAGAUACCCAUUCGACGGCCGGAAUUCCAGAUUCAUCUGAUGGAAUGCAAGGCCGAAGUGGCAAAAAGAAGGGAAAGAAAGGGCGGCAAAUCGACCCUGCUCUGCUUGGCUUCAAAGUUACCAGCAAUAGAAUUAUGAUGGGUGAAAUUCAAAGAAUAGAAGAAUAGUGCAAUUUUAACAUUUUCUUUAUCGUUCCUUUCCUGAUAGUUCAAUAGGUUCAGAGUGUAAAGUACCCGUCGAUGAAUUUUUGUGUUUAUAAUUUUUUCCCCUUUUAGUGACAAAUGUGGUAAAUUUUAGACAAAGGGGUAUGGCAAAAUGCCUGGUUUACAAAUCUGAAUGUGCAGCUACUGGAUAUAGUUUUGUAUAGACUAACAAGGUUCAUAAUGAAAAUAAUUGCUUAG